CUGCGGGGUGAAUGUCAGCCGCAAACGAAGCCGAAAACGAACGUCAGCGUCAUUUCCUGGAUGCUGUUCGAAUAGCAACGGUAAAACUCGAAGCUCUGAACGCGGUCCUCUGUCAUAUAAAUCUGCGAGUGGUCUCUGCGUGGGGCGAGCGGCUUUUCCCGGUGAGUGAGCGAUUGAGCGUCCGGAGCGCGCACAAUGGAGAAAAAGGGCUCUGAGAAAAACCGCCAUGUGGUACCAUGGCUUAACAAAGCGGAGUGGAAUCAGGUUCGGGACUACCUUUACUCGAUGGACUCCUCUCUGCAGAGGUUUGCGUUAGACAGGAUAUGGGCUUGGAGGACCAGGUGCGCUGAUAGUUUCCCCGUGGCCGUGGAAUGCACAGUGUACCUCGUGCGCUGCCAGGUGGGGGACCGGUCCGGACAGCUUACCGGAAAUGACUUGAUCCUGAUGUACGGGACGGCCCUGGUAAGAUUUCUUAAUGUUAUCAUGGAGGGGAGAAGGGCCCGGCCGCUGAGGCGACUGGCUGGAAACUUGAACAUCCCCGAGUGGUUGGUGGAUCUAAGCCACGAAAUCACGCAUGGGAAGCUUCCUUCUUUGAAAUGGUGCCGAAAGGGAUGUAAGGUGGCCCUGGAGUGGCUCCAGCAGGAGUAUUGGUCCAGACAGCUGGGAGGAGCCCCCGAUGAGCGCUGGGACUUGCAGUCGCAUGGCGAGGAUGAGGACGUCAAGCGCCAGGAGGAUGAGCUCGUUGCCAGGCAGAAAGAAGUGGACACCUACAGAAAAGCUCGGGAGCUGCUGAUCUCUUAUGAGAAGGACCAGCACCAAGCUUUUGAUGGGUCUCCUGAAGACAAGGAGAAGAGCUUGUGGCAGGCCCCCUUAGCAGACAUGAGUUGGUUGCUGGGUGAGAUCAAGCAGUUUGCACUGGAGUCCAGUGAGCUGUUGGUUGAUGUGCUGCUGAAGGACGGAUUUCUUGUUCCCACCAUGGAGCAGCUGGAAGCAUUAGGCUGUGCAACCUCUGACAGUGCCAGUCCCACUGAGCCCAGAGUCCCACAAACCUUCCUGCACUUUUGGCUGCCCCUGCUAAAGAUGCUUAACUCUCCAUCUUUCAUUCACCUCUUCCUGGAGAAGCUCUUUGUGGAACUGAAGCUGCUCAGCAAAGAGCCCGACGGUCACAGGUGUUUCUAUAUUUCUGCAUGGAUUUCAGAAGUCCUCCUCUGCAACAACAACAAAUUUGAAUGUCGUCCUGUUCUGAGUCAGUGAGUCACCAAUCUGACCUUUUGGCCCUCGAGGCCUCCAAACGUUUGCACAUCACAGUUGAUGUUGCUAUAGAACACCCUCAGGUGUU